UGACUUGCUUCCACUUUCCAGAACCGAAUAUUCAAUUGAAUCGCAAAGUUUAGGCAUUGUUAGUCUGGCUCUAAUUCAGCAAGUGCAACGAGCAGCAGCGUCGAACGUCUGAUGCAUCGCAACCCAAACAGAGCCUUAAUACCUUAGCUUCCGGAUUCUAGGUUCUAACCAAACCGCUGGUCCAUGUCAGCCUCUCUCCUCGCGUACCAUCCUUCCUCCGUUAACAGAAUCCCCAAUUCAACACUUGUUAGGGCUAGGGUUAGGGUUGGGGUUGUCAAGGUCCGAAAACAGGUUUUCACUUUCAAUCCAAUCUCAUCAUUCGUUGAUUCUCUCGCCGGCAGGUCUCCUUCCAACAAUAGGUGGAGAAUUUUUUGCCUUAGGCAUGAAGGCUCCCCUUCAGAGUUUUUCAAGCCUGAGGCUGGAGAGAAUAACUUCUCCCAGGAAGUUCCCGCUUUCGAUCAACCAAAUAACGUGAAUGGGAUUUCAGAUUUAAGGAAGGUUGGCAUCAUCAACCAAGCCAGAGAUGCGUUUUUUAGGGCAGAGCCUUGGGUAGUGCCGUGGACAGCUAAGACUGUUAUACAGGUUAUGCUCCUGUGGGUUUCUUCAUUCUGGUUGGUAGGAUCCUGGAUUGUUCCUUUCCUGGCAUAUGCUUUGGGUUUCAGAAAGGAGUCAUUGACGUACAGAGGGCAGGCCUUAUACAGCCUUUUGACAGAUGUUGCUGAAGGCCUUACUGGCAUUGCAAUCCUCCAUCGCUGCCUUGCAAGGUUCCACCCACUUUCAUCCGACUGGUUCAGGUUUAGUUUCCGAGGAAAGUGGCAAAUUGAUGUUGGCUUGGGCUGUCUUAUGUUUCCCCUUGUUAAUCAGCUGUCACAGGUCAACUUAAAUUUAUUUCCGUUGCUUCCCUCUUCACCUGUCACAGUCUCAAAUGUUGAGCAAUCUAUUGUUGCAAGGGAUCCAAUAGCAAUGACCCUGUAUGCGAUAGUUGUUGCAGUUUGUGCCCCCAUAUGGGAGGAGGUUGUCUUCCGGGGAUUUCUGCUCCCUUCCUUAACUAAGUACAUGCCUGUAUGGUCCUCAAUUUUGCAGGCAGAAAGCUUUCUUUGCUCCUCCCCCCCUCCUCUUUUUCCCCGGGGGAAAAAAGAAAGAUAUCCGUAGUUCUGUUGGGUGAGGAUUUCAGCUUUCAUUGAAAUAUUUCUGCAACAUCAGGGUCAAAAUUCUUGUCAAUGACAAUAUUGGAAGCUUCGCCUCCGUGAUUGCGUCAUGGUCAUGGGACUUCAUUUCUUCAUUUAUUGAUUAAUUUUAAUCCUUCUACCAUUAUUUCUUUUUUUGAGAUACUGUUUGCUCAUGACUCAUUAGUUAGCUCUGGCAUGAUUGAAGACAUUCUGUGGACUUUAACGAUUUUUAAACAUAUCCGUGUACCUUUGGAAUACCCUCUUGUCUUUUAAGGGGACAGCAGAGGGACCAUUCGGUUUCGGGCCGCUUUCCAGUUCUGGUUUUUGCCCCCUCUGAGCUUUUCUGAUGGCUCUAUCUUUCUCCGACACCUGCGGGGACCUGUGUCUGGUAUUUUUGUCUCUCUUCAUUGUUUGCAGAUAAUAAUAAUAGUACAAUUAUGAACGAAAAUGAUAUGUGGCUUUCUGUGGCAUAGCAACUUGGGAACUGAUAAAGCGCUGCUGCUCAUGUUAUUGGUGGAUGUAAAUCCACGAAUCCCCAGGAAAAUUUUGAAACAGGUUUUUCUGAUUUUAGAUGUACAUAAUUUGAUGCAAGUGAUGUGAGUUUGGGCGCAGAUUAGACGUCAUUUGUGUUGUCA